AUGAAAAUUCAAAAUAUUAUAUCAACAAUUCUAGCAAUUUGCACCUUAGCACAAGCUUCUCCCUUCAUACCAUAUUAUGGGAAACAAGCAAAUGUUACAGGCGGUGGUGCUGCUGGGGGUAAUAUGACUGGAGGUGCUGGUGCUGGUAACAUGACUGGUGGUGCCAACGGUACAGGAGGUGCUGGAGCAGGAGGUGUUGCUGGUGGUGCUGCCGGUGGCGCUGCUGGUGCUGGUGCUGGUGCUGGAGAACAAGGACAAGGGAGAGUGAAAGUCAUUGUUACUGGUGGUCAAGUACCAGUCUCUGUCAACUCCGAUCCUAAUAUCGAUGUAACAACAUUAUUUAACGCUACUUCAGCAUUGAAUAUUACUCAAUUAUACAGCGUCGCAAGAGAAUGUAACAGUUCGUUGAGUGGCGGACAAUAUCAAGGUGUUGUUAUCGUCGGUAAUAAACCAUCUUUGGAAUCUUUGGGCUUCUUCACUAAUAUUGUUGUUAACAGUAAUACUUCAAUGGUUGUCACAAAUAAUGCAAUUAAUGGUAUUCCAAUCGCAAGAUCCAACCGUUCAGAAGGACGUGGUUGCUUACUAGUAGAUGUCAAAGGUGUUGUUUAUUCUGGUGUGUUCCCUGCUUAUAAAGUACCAGUUGGUAUUUAUGAUGGAAAGACAGUUCAUUGGUUCUAUGAUUCAUAUCAACCAGUGUUGACAAGCUUUAAUUCCACUCUUAGAACACAAUUUACUAACUUCACCAAUCCAAAUGCCGUCUCUAACUCUUCUAAUAUUGUUGUCCCAAUUGUCUAUGAAGGCAGUUAUUCAAGCAACCUAGUUUCAAGCUUAGGUAAUUCAGUUAAUGGUUUGGUGGUAGUGAGUUCAAGUCAAUCUAAUUCAACAUCUUCCUCUACUUCAAGCGCUUCACAAGGUAUUAAUUUACCAAUCGUUUAUGCUUCUGGAAACUCUAAAUUAGGCUAUAUUAGAAAUGAUUCCGUUCCUACUGGAGCAAUUUCAGCAGGUUACUUAAGCCCUGCACAAGCACAAAUCUUGUUGUCAGUUGCAGUUGCAAAUGGUGUUAAUUCUACACAAUCUUUGAAGAUGCUUUACCCAUGA